GCCCACCUCUGCUGGCAGUUGCAGGAUCCCUUCUGCCGCCUCCGUCCUCAGAGCCUCCUGCUAUGGCCCCCAAGAAGAAGGAAGAGCCAAAACCAGCUGCUGCGCCGGCGCCCAAACCCCCAGAGCCCGAGCGCCCCAAGACCCCCGAGUUUGACCCGACAUCAGUGACGCUGGAAUUUACCCCGGAACAAAUCGAGGACUUCAAAGAUGCCUUCCAGCUGUUUGACCGAACACCAACCAGCGAGAUGAAGAUCACGUAUGCCCAGUGCGGAGACCUAAUUAGAGCUUUGGGCCAGAACCCAACCAACGCAGAGAUCAUGCACGUCCUUGGAAAGCCCAAAGCUGAAGACAUGCAAACCAAGAUGCUGGACUUUGACCAGUUCUUACCCAUUCACCAGCACAUUUGCAAAGCCAAAGAUCGCGGUACAUUUGAAGACUUUGUGGAGGGCUUAAGGGUUUUUGAUAAGGAAGGGAAUGGCACCGUCAUGGGAGCAGAGCUCAGGCAUGUUCUGGCAACACUGGGUGAAAAGAUGAGGGAGGAUGAAGUGGAGCAACUGAUGCAAAACCAAGAGGAUACUAACGGGUGCAUAAAUUAUGAAGCUUUUGUAAAAUACAUUAUGGCAACCUAAAAAUGAGUCAAUUUCCAGCUGAUUGACAUUCAGGUGCUUCAUGACAGGACAUUUUAAAACCAACAAGGGUGAGAUAAAAAGUCUAUUUUUUUCAUCUCAUUCUGUAAAAACCCAUCAUGUUGAUUUUUAUCUUAAAUCAUGAACUCAUAAAAAUUGCCACUUCAUUCUCUUUGUGCUGACCAUCCACGUGCUGAUCCUGAAAAAUAAACACAUUUAUUGAGAUAG